AUGCUCUCGAGGCGACACAAAGCGAUUUUGGUUUCCCUGCCCUGCACUGUUGCGUUCUUCUAUCUUCUGGCCUCGACUUUCACAACCUCUGUUUACCUCCAAGACACCAUACAUCGCCUUGGACCCCACCUCACGUAUGCUGGCGACGGAAUAUGGGGGAUCAAGACGUGCUUCGACUCGGCAACUGGGUCAGCCAACAGCGCUCGGCCGAUGGUGAAGGACGGGCAAUACCCUUCGAAUGGAGUUCUUGAAACGACACAGCCUGUACCCGGGACAAAUGGAUUCAACGUAUUCGACAAUCUUUACUUGUUGAACGGAACUCUCUACGUUGUCACAUCCAACCCCGAUUUGUUUUUGCCUCGAGACCGCAUCCUAUCGCGACCUGUCUUUCCCGGGGAUCCCAACACUGACAACCAGCCAACCGACAAGGAACUACAAUUCGUAUCUCCAGGAAAGGCCGAAUCUCUGUUCUUGCAACGCCCCGUUGUCUUGAGCGGACCCUCGAUGCUGUUUUACGACUUGGAUAGCUUUAUCAAUCACUUUUACCAUUGGUGGGGGGAAGUCGUUCUGGGAUCAUGGAGGGUCUACUCGGCAUUGUCACCGAGGGAAGGACCAGUCGAGCUUCUGCCGCUUCCCCAGCGAUUUAUUAUGCCGUUUAUGUCGAAUGGGAAUUGGCGAGACCCGCCUGGCCUCGAUGCACCACUCAUGCGAGCCGCCUUCCCAAACGCUGCCAUCGAGCAAGCAGACUAUUGGCAAGACUUGAUAGAUCUUCAGGUUCCUGUUGUGUUUCAGCGCGCUGUCAUAGCCAACCGAGUGGCGUCCUCCAGCCACCCUAAUAAUGCCCAGUGGUUCAAGAUGAUUUCUUCAACAAUGGACGUGGAAGCUCCCGAAAACUUUUUCGAGCCUGUUCGAAAGCGGAUUGUCAUGAACUUACUCGGGGAUCUUCCGGUGAUCGACAAUGACGGGUUGGUUCUUUCUCCGACGGGGAUGGCCUCAGAUAAACCGGUCGUAACCUACAUAUCAAGACAAGGAGGGGGACGAAGGCUUGAAGCGAAUGCUCACGGAGCUUUGCUUGUGGUGUUGGAACAGUUGGAAGAGGAUGGGAUCUGCGAAUUACAGGUUCCUCGGAUGGAGGAACUGACCUUAUCUGAGCAAGUUAAGCUCGCUGCACGAAGCACGCGACUGACCAUGGACUAUUCGACUUUGCCUGGCCUCACUCCACCCUCGGGUUCUCAGUACCCUGCACCUAACUGGUCAUCUGAUUACGAUGCAUCUCCUGUACCAUCAACAGAUCUUGCCAGCCGCGUCCUCCCUCACGCCUCUUACUACAUUGAACUAACGACCACCCUCGAAUCACUCGAGAAUGUCCAUAAUGAACUGGAGGGACAAAAGGAGUACUUGGCAGAUAUCCAACGGCGAUUAUCAGCAUCAGAGAAGAGAUUGAAGAAUGCCGCGACGGCAACGCGAUACGCUCAACUCGAAUUCAGGAUGCUCAAGGAACAUUCCGGGAUGGAUAGAUUCAUGGCGAAAAUGUUGGGAAAGGGGGAUAAAUGGGAGGCAAAGGUACAAGAGCAAGAAAGAGAGAAGGGCAGGCAGCUCAAACAGAUCUUGAAGACAAACUCAGAAAACGAGGCCAUGUUCAAAAGGAUUUGGAACUCAUAUCCUGAAGAGGAUCAUUUGGAGAACGAGGUCAGAGAGCUGCGGCAAACACUGGCGGAGACCACAAAGAAACUACAGCCAGCCUCCAAGGCCGUCGAGCUGAUGGACAAUGCAUGGUCGAGCAUGGCCUUGUGCCUCUCCUCCAUCGACGACUCCAUCGGUUUCUCCAGGAUGGCAGAUGUCGCGACGACCGGUUCUAAUUGGGGAGCGGCUAGUAAGAAGCGCAAAUCUGCGGACCAGGCCGUGAAGCAACUUGCGGAGGCGGAGAGGUUUGUGACACAAGCCAUGGCGCUUUUCCCGGCCAUCAGACCAGUCCACGCGACUGACACUACCGAUGGAUACUGCUUCACGUCUCCAAAGUUCUUCCUAGGCGCCCACACAAGUGAUGCGUUUCACAACAGGAUCAAGAAAGCUUCGAUAUACGUGAACGAAGUGAAGGCAAAGUUGAAGGAUGAACGUGCGCUUGCUACGGAGAGGAGAGACAAGCUAUCGGAAGAGUUCAGGAUGUUUUCGGCGCUUCUCGAGAUGCGAGAGAGAGAGCUCUUGGACUUGCGCAAAGGCAUAAUCGAGAGGAUACUGCAAGGAGACUCCCGGAAGGCGUCGCAGAAGCCUCCAGACCUUCCCAUCGGACCAGGCUCCAACUUCUGA